UCUGGCUCUCUCUCCUCCAGCACUGACCACUGACCACCACUACUGUGCUGCAUCCAUGACUUUAAAUACCUGGCUGGUGUACUGGCUUGGAUUUAUCUCGGUUUGGGCACUUUGCUUGACACAGGUCAAAGGGCUGCAGUGCUAUGGCUGCAACAUCAUCCAGGGCCAGAGGUACGUGGACGUGGGCUGCUCCAACCCAGAGGUCAUCACCUGCACCCACUCACACAAAGGCUUCAAACACCGCUUCUGCAUCAAGACAGAGAGUACGGCCCUGGGUAUCGUCCUGACCAGCGGUUGUGCCACAUCCAGACAUUGCCAGCAGCAGGAGCUGCCAGGGGUGCGCAUCCACUGCUGUGACUCAGACCUAUGUAACAGCGCCCCCUCCUGGCAUCCACGCACACUGCACUACAUCAGUGCACUGUUCAGCCUCCUGGUGCUGAGGAUGUGGUUUUGAUAUGAAGGAAAUAACACCAAUGGACUACUGGGAAAGUAUUUUAUAAUAGAAACUCUCGUCUCUCUUCUUAGAUGCUCAUGUUUAGGGCUUAAUGAGAGUUUGACUCAGUAUGGUGUUACUGAUGAGCACCUGAAAAUCAUAGCUUUUGUCACAUUGUGAGCUUGGACUUAAAUAGCCAUGUUUCAUCAGAACAAAGAUGAAGCUUCAGAAGUCAUUUGUGGUUUAUUGU